CCUAAACCCCAACAUGAACUUCAAAAUGCAGAAAGCUGAUAACUACACUGCAAUUUGGAGACACUCUUCAAUGUGGUGAAGCGAAGGGAAGAAGAUAUGAACGUAGCCAAAAGCUGAAACUCUUUAUCCUCACGUGAUUAUCGCAGAACAUGAAUUCUUCAAUGGCAAACACCAUCGAUUGGCUCCAACUCCCAUAGCCCUUCUUCCCUCCAAAAACCCAUAUCCCCAAAUUUUCCAUCUUUUCACCUCGCUUUCUCACUAAUGCAUUUCUCCCUCGCAACUUCACAAAUCGAUGCAAACUCAGAAUCAACGCUUCCAAUUUUGUUUCCAACACACCCAACAAAGAGCAAGAACAAGACUCUGAAUCCGCGCAACUAUUCGAGAAACUAAAGGAGGCGGAAAGGAAGAGAAUGGAUGAGUUGGAAGAGUUUGACAAGAAGGCGAACGUGCAGUUAGAGAGGCAGCUUGUGAUGGCUUCUUCGUGGAGCAGAGUUCUGUUGACUUUGCGAGGAAAACUCAAGGGGACUGAGUGGGAUCCUGAAAAUUCACACGGGAUAGAGUUCAGCGAUUUUUUGAGACUUCUUGAGUCUAUUAAUGUACAGUUUAUGGAGUACUCUAAUUACGGUCAAACAAUAUCAGUUAUUCUACCUUAUUACAAAAACGGGAAAGUGAUAGGAACUGAAGGGAAUCCCGAUGAUAUUAUUUUUCGGCGUCAUCCAGUCAAUCGAAUGCCAAUUGAUAGUUGGAAUGAUGUAUGGAGAAAGCUACAUCAGCAAAUUGUAAAUGUUGAUGUCAUUAAUGUAGAUGCUGUGCCUGCUGAAAUAUACUCAACUGUUGCAGUUGCUGUCAUAUGGUCUAUGCGUCUUGCUCUAGCUGUUGGUUUUUACGUGUGGAUUGAUAAUUUGAUGAGACCAAUAUAUGCAAAGUUGAUACCUUGUGAUUUGGGAACUCCUAGCCAAAAAACUAGCCAGCCACUCCGAAGUCGUGCACUAGGAUCUCUAGGACAGAGUCGGGCUAAAUUUAUAUCUGCAGAAGAGAGAACUGGUGUUACAUUUGAUGAUUUUGCUGGCCAGGAAUAUAUAAAGAAAGAACUACAAGAGAUUGUUCGAAUUUUGAAGAAUGACGACGAUUUUCAAGACAAAGGAAUUUAUUGUCCAAAAGGUGUACUUCUUCAUGGGCCUCCUGGAACAGGUAAAACCCUACUGGCCAAAGCCAUUGCAGGUGAAGCAGGACUGCCUUUCUUUGCAGCCAAUGGCACAGAUUUCGUAGAGAUGUUUGUAGGGGUUGCUGCAAAUCGCGUGUUAAGGACCUCUUUGGAAAUGCAAGAUCAUUUCACCUUCUAUAUCUUUAUUGAUGAGAUAGAUGCUAUUGGUAGCAAACGUGGAGGACCUGAUAUUGGUGGAGUAAGAUAUGAACUACUUUUAUAUGAUUUUUUUUUUCUGUACUCCCAAAGAAAUUGGUGUGGAAAAACUCCAGAUUUGAUGUUUUUGUAGCACUAAUGUUUGAUU